GCAAGUAUUCUUUUCCCGAUAAGAAAAAAAGCAUAGAAUACUAGAAAAUGCCAAAAGUAGGCAUGGUAUUUAAAGUUGUAGGAGGAGUUAUAGGACGAUGUAGGAGGACAUGUGAUGUCACACCUGGCAAAAUAUGGCAUACUUCACUUAAUCCUCUAAGGAAAGAUUGAUGGCAAACGAGGUCCAGGCAUAAGAACAUCAUGGCUUCAAAAUCUAAGGGACUGGCUUGGACAAAACUCAGCAAUACUUUUUUGUGCAGCUGUUGAUAAAAAUAGGAUCGCCAACAUGAUCACCAACGUCCGAUGACUGUUUUGGCACAAGGAGGAGUAGGAGUUCUAUGUAUCACCUAGCUUAUUCCAGUCUAAAUACUUACAUUUGACUUCUUGUUAGGCUUGAUAAUACUUUGUGAUUGAGAGAAAUGUGCUCUCACUGUUUUGACACAAGAAAAGCAGCAAACAACAGGAUUUUACUGGUCUGUCUCUGAAGGCCCAAAAAGCUUCACAUGUCCCAGCAAUCAUACAACCUUAUAUUUCCAGUCUUUAUUUUGACUGACAUUCUGUCGUCACCCUUAAUGUCACCUCCACCAUGGGAGGGAAGACGAAGCUGUUCAUCCAAGAAUUAUGGAAACACGGCUGGGGAAGCUCAUCAAUGACGUGAGGAAAAAAACCAAGAAUGAGGAGCUUGCUAAACGGGCCAAAAAACUGUUGCGGAAUUGGCAGAAGCUGAUUGAGCCUGUUUCACAGAAUGAAGCCACCUUGAGAGGAUUGCCAAAUCCACCUGGAUCAGCCAACGGUGGGGCUCACAACUGCCGAGUGGAAACUUCUCCUGGGGCUGUGAUUGGAUCUAAACCCAUUCAAGAUGUGAAGAAUAGAAAUGAUGUCCAAAAGCUGCACUCUCCAAAGCCAGGGAACCGGAAAAGGCAAGGUGAACCCAAGGAUGGUCUUCCUCUGCCGAUACCAAAAGUUUCCAAAGCCAGUUAUGAAGUAUUACAAAACUCUUCUCCGCCUCCCACCAAUGGGAUUGGUGGAAGCCCAGAGAGCUUUCCUAGCCCUCCAGAUGUGAGUCUUCUCCCAGGGCCAGAAGGCAACAGGGAUGAGGUGAGUGAAAAUGACAAGCCCAACAAGAUCCCCAUCAAUGCAGUGCGGCCUCACACCAGCUCUCCAGGACUCUUCAAAACUUCCGGGACAUCCUUACUGCUGAAAACAGCAGUGCUGCAGCAGCAACAGCAUGACAAAGCAGAGGAAGCUGCUGCCAAUCAACCUAGGAGUCCCCGUUGCUCCUCAUUCAGUCCCAGGAAUGUCAGGCUGGAAACAUUUGCUCGGCAACAUACCACGUACUCCCCCAAGAAUUUGACGCUUGCCCCAUGCCCACGGCCCCCUCUUCUGGAUGUUCCAGUGCCCUUAUCGCCACCUCCCCCCUCUCUAGUACAGCUGUCCCCACAGCCAGCACUAGCAAAGAGACUGGAGGCAUCUCAUCAAGUGGACCCUGAAGCAUCCCUUCAUGAUCAGGAGCAGCCAAGAGUGCUUGAGGGCCAGCUUCAGCUCAGUGCAGGAGUCUCUCCCGGCAGUGGAGCAGGCUCCCAUUCAGUAGAGUCUUUGGCACCCUUGGUUGACUUAUCCCCAGAUGCUUCGAGGAUGGACAGUGACAGCGCUGCCUCAGGGUCUGACAGCAAGAAGAAGAAAAAGUAUCGGCCCAAAGACCACGCGGUCAACUUGGACGGGCAGCUGAUGGAAGGCGGGGUCAAGCCUGUACGGUUAAAAAAAGAGCGGCGACUGACUUUUGACCCCAUGACGGGCGAGAUCAAGAAAUUAGCACAGAGGGACUCUUUGCAGGUGGAUCUUCCUGCUCUUGCUGAGCAGCACAGGACAGGCACAGAUAAGCAGGAGCCGAAGCCACCUCUGCAGAGUCCCUUUGAACAAACGAAUUGGAAAGAAUUGUCCCGGAAUGAAAUAAUUCAGUCCUAUUUAAACAGGCAGAGUAGUUUGCUGUCCUCCUCAGGGGUGCAUACUCCAGGGGCUCACUACUUCAUGUCUGAAUAUUUAAAGCAGGAGGAAAGCACUAGGAGAGAAGCCCGGAAAACUCAUGUCCUGGCGCCACACAGCAAACCUGCAGACUUGCCUGGGGUAACGCGGGAGGUGACACAGGAUGACCUUGACAGGAUAUGCAGCCAACACUGGCCUGGCGUGAAUGGAUGUUAUGAUACACAGGGUAACUGGUAUGAUUGGACGCAAUGCAUAUCGCUCGAUCCACACGGGGAUGAGGGGCGCCUGAACAUCCUGCCUUACGUCUGCCUAGACUGAGUACAAUUUUGCUAAGAUGCUUUUUUUACACUGGCAGGUUAGUAAAGUGGGCAGGUGCUGUGUCAUCUCCCAUCUACCCCCAUCACGCUGAAAGAGGCUCACAAAGCAGAGAGGGUGUAUCAGAGAGCUGGACGCUGGCAGUUUCUUCUUUCCUGUUAAUUUUUUUUUUUUUUUGUGAAGUGCUGCUACCAGUUUACUAACAAAAUUGCAAAGGGAGGCAUAACAAAAGGUUUGAUUAAAAACAAACAAACAAGUAGAGUUCUGAACUCUAGCAAGCCAGCUGUUAGAAACAAAGCAAAACAAAAGUGUUCGUUUUCCAAAGGUGAAAACCGUUUCCAGCUAUUUGUGAAUGCCAGAAUCCAAGGUCAGGCAGGUACAGGUGGGUAAUUGUGGAAAUGAAACAUUUAACACAAGAGUAGUUGAGUCUAUUUAUUUGUCUUGAUUUGAUUUUCUUAAAAAGAAAUAAUAUGGCAGUGAGAUGUUUUAAAAUGAACUGUGCAAAACUGUAGGUAGUUCUUCUUUGCGUUACAUCUCUCUUCAAAAGUCCCCCUGAGGUGGAGAUGUGACUUGCAAUGAUUUGUGCUCUGCGGUGCAGGAAGGGCCAGAGAAAGAGAGAGAAAGAGAGAGAGAGAUGCCCACCUUUGGCUUAGCAUUCCGUAGACUUUCACGAGGCAUAGUCUGGUUUCAGUUUCAAUUCAGAUCCAUGAAAUGCUGCAAAAAAGUGUUCACAGUUCUCCCAGCAGCAGCACCACCACCAGCCUAAGCACGUUGACCCCCUUUUCUGCAGAUUUUCUACGGGAAAGCAGGGGGUAGUGGCGGAGUGGAAAUUGGUGGGUUUUUUGUUUUGUUUUUUUUUUCUGUUUAACAAAGAAAAUUCCAACUUGUACCGAGGGUGCUACUAGUUUGUAAAUGUCCUGUGAAGGGGGAGACAGAAGCCUGUUUGUAUGCUGGAAAUAUACUUGUUACCAUUCCUUUAGAUAUUGUUUGCCUUAUGGAUAUCCAUCACAAAAGCGACUUGCAAAAACAGCCUUAGUGAAUGUACAGUAACUAGACUUCUGUGUUCUUGGGCACAGAAGGGAGCAACUUUGCUAUUGGUCCUUUCAGUGGACACAUUGUGAUAUAAAUGUGGAAAUAAAAAAAUUUGCACAAAAUACACUGUCACUUUCUAAUAUUUCAAAAAUGGCCAGGUAUAGAUGAGGGUUUAUAAAUGGGGUUGCAAGUGGAAGCAGAGUUCUUCUUGUCUCCUGUUGGGCAAUUAAAAGAUUGAACUUAUAAAAUGUAUGUUUUCUGCACCCACUAAGUCUGUGACUAGAGAUGCAUAACUUGAGGCCAUGGGGCCCUGUAUAUCCUCUCCUCCCACAUCUGCCUCGGCUGCAGCUCCCAGAACUCUCUUCAAAAGAGCUACUGAAUUGUUAACUGUAUCAGUGAGAGAAGAGUUAUUCAAUAUGUGGGGUGUAAUAUUAAUUGCAUUUAAUUAAUUCAGAUUCAAUUUUAAGUGUACCUUUAAAUUAAAUCAACUUUAGUCUUUGUCCUGGUCCUGCAUGUUUUUUGAGCAUGAUUCUAACAUUCCACUCAAAUACCCAGUUUGAUUAUUGUCUCCAAUCCUCAGCGGAAGAACCUCAGCUGCAGACAAUGCUUAGUAAUAUCUCUCAGGAAAACUAAAGAUAAUGAUUUGUUUUAUACAGGUAGUUCUUGACUUGCAACAUUCGUUUAAUAACUGUUCAUAGUUAUGACAGUGA